UGGACUAUGUUAUUGAAUAUGAGGGGAAGAGGCUGCCUUUGUUCUCUGGGAGGAAACGGCACUCCACCCUGAUUCUGUGACUGCGUUUCCAGCCCCCCCCAUCCCAGCCCGCCACAUUAUGUCUGUACUUUUUCUCUCUUUGUAGCCCUUUUUUUACCCUCUACUCCAAUUCCAAAACGCACAGUCACACUCAGCUAUAGUGUCACAACAUGCCAGACCUCUUCACACUACAGCUGAAACAAUGGCAUGUUGGAGAGUUUUUCUCUGUAUCUGUGAAGAAUAAUUUGGAGUGGAUCUACAAGCUUUCUUGAACGUGACAGCUGAUUUGGGUCUUCUGUACUUGUUUCUUUUUUGAGGACUUUUUUUUUGUACUAGUGGAUUGGCACCUUUUAUAAUCGAGCUUCACUGGCUAACGGAAAAGACCGCUGAGGAUAUGGUCAGUCGUAGCUUUCAAAUAGAUGCCUGCUGCAUGGGCUGAGUCCUCUGCCAUCGUCAUCUCUGCAGUGCUUUGGAGUGUGCAGGCCUGGCACAGCCAGCUCUUAUCCUGCUUCACUGGCUUCAUCUGAGCCACUGUGGCAGAGGCGUCUCUGACAGAACGGUCUGCUGUGUGUGAGAACCUCAGUUCUGGAUCGCGGAGAAGCUGCCUUAAGCAAUGCUUAAUCUGGAUGUUAUGGCAGCUGGUCUGAGUCCUCAGAUUUCUACCUCGCAGAGAUAAGCUGGAUUUCCACAGCGUGGACAUGUCUCUCGACUCCGGACUCUCUGCUGUAGUUUCCGUCAACUCUCUGCAACUUGGUCUCCUGCGUUUUCGUCAUCUGUGAUUUGAUGCUGGCAUAUACACAGGACAGUAGAUUUUUGGUUGCUGAAUGCUCCUUGCGUCCUCAUGGCGUGCUGUUUUAAGUCCCACCACCAUGCAAGCUGGACACUUAGCACUCCUCUUCAAGAUGAUGAAGCUGAGCAGCACCACAGCACAAUGGUGGGAGAGGGAGGCAGCACCGGGGACAGCACCCCUCCCCCGAAGCGCAAGGGCAAGUUCUCGACCCUUGGCAAGAUCUUCAAGCCGUGGAAGUGGAGGAAGAAAAAAAGCAGCGAGAAGUUCAAAGAAACUUCUGAAGAACUAGAGAGGCAGAUGUCGACAAGGCGCACCCGACAGGAGCUUAUAGAACAGGGGGUGCUGAAGGAGGUCCCGGACAGUGAUGGAGAAGCACAAAAUGUGAAGCAGUCGUAUGUAAAGAAUGGCCAUACUCUGCCUGUUGGAGGAGGAGGAGUCAUCAGCGGUGUCAGGAGCCCAUGCAACCAGGGCCAACUCCCCUCAGAUUCAGAUUUUAGGAUGAACCCUGCAUGGCUCGCCCAGCCAGAUGACCGAAGGGGCCGUUGUUCUCCCUCAGAUGGAGACCGCCGUGGAGCUUUGGGCUCCAGGGGAACAGGACUGCAUGACGAUGGACGGAGAAGCGCAGGGAUUGGGGCACGGGCGCAAGGGGAGGGCGAGUGGAAGUCUAAUAUGGCCUGGCAGGGCCACAUUCACGGACAAAUGGAAGAGAGCAGACAUGGUGGCAGGCUUCACCCUGACGACGGGCAAAAGAGGCCAGGACUGCAGAAGGCCCCAUCCGAGGACGGCAGGAGGAGUCGGCCUGCAGAAGGAGACUGGAAGCCUACACUCCCUCGGCAUGCAUCUGCUGAGGAGGGGAGGGCCCGGAGAGAAUCAGACAGCCAUUUUGCUCCUGACCUGGACACCCUACGUGAACCUCUGCCACCCAAACAGGUGAUCAUGCCUCCAAAAUGGCUGGUGAGCUCCACCCCUGAACCUGGCAGCGAGUGUCCACCUCGAACUCCAUCCAACCACCCCACGAGCCAGUUCUCUUCUCCGUCGGGUGUGACGUCCAAACCUGUUCGAUCGGUGUCUUCUGCGUGUUCCAACACUCAGCAGUCUUCGGCCGCUGCCCUUACCCCCACUUCUCAGCCCGCCAAGCAGCCCCCUCUGCCUCCACCCAAGCCUGUGAACAGGGGCAACGCGGCCAUGCUGGUCUCCGCCCUGCAGGGGGGAGAAAACGCUCAGCUUCCACUCUACUGGUCCUGCUGGAAGCGAGAGUGCGACUAUGAUGUCUACCUGUCCCUGCCUGUCUACCUGUGCCGGCGGGCUGGAGGCCUGCGCUCAGGUGACUUCACCCAAGCAACAGGGGGUGCUAGCCUUGUUCCGGCCAAACCCUCUCCUCCGAUGCCUCCUAAGAGGACCACCCCAGUCACCAAACGCAACACAGAGGACUCUGCUUCAAGCCAUCCCAUCAUCCCCUCACCACUUUCUCUGGAGGAACACAGCAGCCUCCCCUUGGGCUUCCAGCUGCCUCCCCCUCCUCCGUCCCCUCCCCUGCCGACUCACAUACCACCUUCUCCACCCCGCCAACACAUACAGACCCACCACCUCCACCAUCAGCACUCCUACCCCCAUCCGCUCCCCCAACCCAUACCAAUGCUUUUCGACCCACCGAGCCCGACCAAUGAGUCUCCCCAGCGCCCGGCUCCCGUACCGCUGCACAUCAUGAUCCAGCGAGCCCUGUCCAGUCCCGGCCCGGCUCAGCCACAUCCAGAUGGGUCGCAGCGGGCACACACACUGCUUUUCGAAACACCUCUAGAGUACCAAGGAGGAGGUCGCCCUCUGCCUGUCAGCAUUCAACCACUAAAACUAUCUGAGGAUGACUACUCAGAGGAAGAAGAAGAGGAAGAAGAUGAUGAGGAAGAGGAGGAGUAUGAUGGGGAGAUUCCACAGCCAGAGCUGGAGCCAAGGAGUCGCCGGUGCUUGGUCGGUGACGCUGGCAUUUGUGUGAUCCCACGGGGAAACGGCAAUGACGACGACGAGGAAGAAGAUGAGGAGGAUGAGGAAGGCGAACACGACAUGCACGGGGAGGACAGUGAUUCAGAUGGUCCUGUGCCUCAUAAAGAUGAAGACUCAGAUGAAGAUGAGGAGGAUGAGCCCCCGAUGAGCGCACUGGCCAGCAGGGUGAAGAGAAAGGACACCCUGGCUCUGAAGCUGAGCAGCCGUCCCUCUGCUCCCGACAGGGAUAGGUUUACGCAGGAGAGAAGCAGCCGAGAUGACCACCCUCCAGGACAGACCGGCCUCACCUGGCAGAGCAGAGAGCAGUGGGAAGCCAUUCGCACACAAAUCGGCACUGCACUCACGAGGCGACUAAGUCAGAGACCCACUGCUGAGGAACUCGAGCAAAGAAACAUCCUCCAGCCUAAAAAUCAGGCUGACAGACAAGCCGAAGUUCGAGAGAUCAAGCGACGGCUGACCAGAAAGCUGAGUCAAAGACCCACGGUUGCAGAACUACAGGCAAGAAAAAUCUUGCGAUUCCACGAGUAUGUGGAAGUCACAGAUGCCCAGGACUACGAUAGAAGAGCAGACAAGCCGUGGACUAAGCUCACUCCUGCCGACAAGGCGGCCAUCCGGAAGGAGCUCAAUGAUUAUAAGAGCACUGAAAUGGAGGUUCAUGAAGAGAGCAGAAUUUACACAAGGUUCCAUCGGCCUUAACAUCCCUGCUUCCGGAUAAAGAAGCACUUAAGAUCUCCGGCAAAGAAGCAGCUGCUCCCAAUGCAGACAGAUCGCCCUUUUGCGCCUCUUGAAUGUACUGUUAUCAGGGAAAGCCUGGAACCGACUCCACACGAGAAUGCUUCUUGCUUGUCCUCCAUCGCCCUCUCACUACAUUGCUUUCACUGAACCGAGGUGUUGGUGGGUGGAGACCAGAUGCAGUAUUUCUCCCGGACGGCAGGGGGAACCACGUGCCAAUAAAGUGGAGAAGUGGCAAAGGACCUACAGGGCUUACUCUCACUCUGCUGUUGUGUGGUGCCCCUCAGGGACUCGGAUAUAGUUACAACCUUUAAUGCGGCCUCGUCCUGUGUUGCCUUUUUCUUUUUUCUCCUUCUUCUUCUUUACUGUAUAUGGAAAAGCUAACUCAUCUUUGCUAAUGUAAUAACGUAGAAUAAAAAUGGUAACAAUAAUGAUGACCUAUAACACUUCACACAGUAAUAAUAGACACAAACGGUCAGGAGUUGGCUGAAGACUUAAAUAUUCUGUUUUAGAACUGGACAUCUCUGGGAUAUCGUGUGUUUGUUAUCCACUCUACAGACUGCUGCUGUGAUACGUUAGAGUGAAACUGGAAGAGAUCUCAUUGCAAAAUAUUCUGUAAUGCACAAAAUAUUUUCUAUUACAAUUUUGAUCACAAGGGUAGUGACAGCUUUUCUUUGAGCCUUCUUUAUUAUUAUGAUUAUUAUUAUUAUUUGGCUUGCCUGUAUUUGUGGUUGUGAUGUGAGUCGGCCUUUUAAUAGCUAUAGAAAAAGGUCAGGGGGCUGUUGGUGUUUUAAUGCGUGCCAACACACCCAAUACUGGUUUUCAUAUCACUGAUUUCUGCAACCCACUGCAUGAGCCAUUACAAAGUCCAGUGCCACCGCGUCUGGAUAAUCUCUCUUCAUUUAUACUUUUUUCUUUUGUAAGUUUUUGUACUUCCCUUUAAAGAUUGAACAUGCAAUACAUUCUGUAGCCAUUUUAAAUAAGGUCGUUACGAUAGUGUCUAAACUAAGAGUUAAAUGUAAGUUGCUUCAAGUGUAGAUCAGGGAUUUAUCACAAAAAAAAGAAAAAAACCACACCUGAAAACGCAUAAUCGGUCAACAGAAACUCCGUUUGGCUGGAACUUUUUGAAACUGCAGAAGUGUUUUACCUUGUCUUGUCUGGCCAGUAGCUUACAGGGUUCUCAGUGCUGUGUGUAUAAGUUGAUAUAGGUUUAUCUGAUGCUUCUGUAUAUCUUGUCUUCCUUUUAUUUGAAAAGAAAUUUUAAAUAUAAAAGUAUUAUAGGUUGCUAUUUUUUUAAGCAGAACAUGAGUUUAUGAUUAAAUGCUACAAGAAUGGGAAUAUGAAAGUGCACCUUUCUGUAAAUCUGAGUUCAUUUUUAAUUGAAUGUGGAGCUGUAUGAGCUGACAGUCUUCUUUUUAAUUGUAAAUAGUCUGGAUCUAAUUAAAAAUCUUGCAAUUCCUCGAA